AUGCCCAAGGGUGCGAGGAGCCUAAGGCUCUCGGGGGCAGUAGCCAUGUUUCCUCCAGUCCAUGAAGUCGGAGGUGGCCCCUCCCUCCUUUCUUGUGGGUAUAAGCAGAGCUCUGAUUUAGAGCACGAGAACGCGCCCCCACACCAGCAGUACCAGGAGGAGGCAGGAGAGCAGCAGUUAGUCCUGGAGCGGCUGUUGCAGAAAGAGCGAAUGCUGCAGCAGCAACACCAGUUGCUGGUGAAGCAGCAGCAACAGCACUUGCAGCAGCAGAAAAGGAGGCAGCGUGCAGCGGCAACGCAGGCCCCUAGGCACCCCCUGCUCUCCCUCCGCACCGAUCGCCGCCAGCAAGAGCUGGAAGAGCGACACGAGACUGAAGACGAUCCCCUGCAGCAGCCCCCGAUUCUCCCAUUGUCUCCGGCUUUCCGAUGCAGAGGCGCCAGCCUGCGAGAGGGGGGGCCUCUUGAGAGGGGGGGGGCCCUCUCCCCAGCCACAAAACGUCCCGGCAUGCCUCAAGCAGGAGAAGGUCCGGCUGCUGUAGCGCCUUCCUUCCAAGCUGCAUUUAAUAUGCGAGCACCCCUUACCAGCGUGGCGAACACCGAUGCAGAACGGGCAGUAGAAGACGAGCUUGCUGGGGUUGAGGCAGCAACCGGAAGCGGCGUCGGCUCUCAAAAGCGACUCAACAUCCGCCUUGCAUCAGCAGCAGUGGGAGGAGCCGCUGCUGCUUGGGAUGCCGCUGCUGCCGCUGCUGCAGCGCGGCGAGAACUGGCGGAGACGCAGGCGCUCAGGCACUCGGCCUUGUUGCGGAUUGAGGGGGCCCACAGGGGCCUCCUGGGGGCCCCUGGCACCUCCGAGCCUGCGGAAAGGGCAAUUCUUGCUGCGGCCGAUGCGGCCGAAGCAGCAAGAAUUGCAGCGGUGCCAGCAGCGGCAGCGGCAGCAGCAGCAGGCUUUAGUUUGUCGGCAUGCAAGGCGAAUCCGCUGCAGCCGUCAGCUCUGGAGAAGGAGGGCUUCAAGGAAAAGGGCACGAGCGCGUGGAGCUGCAGCGGCUUGGCACUGCUGGACCCCAAACCCCUCCGUCGCUCUGCAGCCUCGCUCAAAAGGGGCUUGACAGCUUCCGCGGAGGAGAGAGCAGACACUGCGGCGUCUGCCGAGUCCUCGUUUGCUGACGUGCGGGGGGCUGGUGUGUCUCUUGAGGCUCCAACCGAGACGGCAGUCCACGCUUUCCCAGCGGCAGAAGGAUCCCGUUUCACAACCCCAAAGGCGCCAACAGCUUCGCCGUUGAUGCAGCGGGAAGGGCCCCUCCUUAAGGCCGGAGAGUCUUGCAUCAGCAGCAGCAACCGACUGUGGCAUGCACACACUGGCACGCAUGCUGCGGGAGGCUUCCCACAGAGCGGCCGGUGGAGGCUCUGCGUGGACCCUGUUGCAGCGGCCCUGCGGCAAUCCGGAGAAACUCAGCAGCAGCAGCAGCAGCAGCAGCAGCAGCAGCAGCAGCAGCAGCAGCAACAGCCCCGAAAUCCCUUAUUUCGCGGAGCCCAAGAGGCAGUGGGCCUCACGGGCCCCUCCAGCCUUAAGGAACCGGUCCAACCCCCUGUACUCCGCGUCCCCUCCAAGAUCACUCCGGGGGGCCCCCCCCAAUGGGGCCCCUUGAGCCCCCUUCGGCAUUCUGCCCCCAACCCGGCGAUUACAGGCAUGCGGAUGCCUAAGCAGCCUUUGACUCCUAGCUCAGGCAGGGACGGGCACCGCACUCUUCUCCAGCUUCCCCAAGUGCACACACAGAAACAGCACCCUCUUGCAACAACUGCAGAGGGCGGAGAAUUUACACCUGUGCCUCCCGAGUGCACGUGGAGCCUCCACGUGCCUUCUGCCUGCCGCUGCAGCCGCCUAGACACCCGCUGCAACAGCGGCCAAGUGCGAAUGGCACGAGGUCCUCAGGGAUCGCUGCUGCUAGAGCUGCGACGGUGCAGCAAGUGCGGCGGCUUUCCCCUAGCUUCCUUUGACUACGGGCGGGGUACCCCCACCAAGAGCUCUCCGCCUUAG